CUUGCCUUUGCUCCAAAUCAUUCAACAACAACCAUGAGCGCCCCGACCGCCCAGACAUACCCCAACGUGUCGCCCUACCCGCCCCCCGGCGCCGGCCACUCGUCUUCCCCCAGCGGCUCGUCGCCAGUCCCACCGCCCCCGCUUCCUGGACAGGCUGCCCCCCCAGCCCCAGCAGCAGGACCAGGCGCCGGGUUCACCGUGCGCUCGGGGCUGGCGGGCAUGCAGCCCCACAGCAUGGCCACGUCGGCAAACUACAUCCCCGGCUCGGGCGCCGGCAUCCGCGGCGGCCUCCCAGAGGACAAGAAUGUCGUCGACGCGAUCCGCGAAAACACAAACAUCUACGCGCGCCGCUUCCAGGGCUUGCUCGACCGCUCCACGCCGCACGUCCUCGAGCGCUGGCUCGUGACCGGCACGCUCUUCAUCCUGUUCUCGCUGAGCGUUGUCGCGCGCCAGGGAUGGUACAUUGUCAUGUACGCCCUCGCCAUCUACAUCCUCAACCUCUUCCUUGCUUUCCUCCAGCCUAGGUUUGACCCCAACCACCAGGCAGACCUUGCCGCCGACGACGUAGAGGAAGGCGCGCCUGGUCUCCCCGGAGGUGACUCUGGUCGUCCCCAGAGCGGCCUCAAGGGCCUGUUUGGCGGCUUCUCCAAUGGCGAGGACGAGGAGUUCCGUCCCUUCAUCCGCCGUCUUCCUGAGUUCAAGUUCUGGUACUCAGCCACCAAGGCGACUGUCAUUGCCCUGUUGUGCACCAUCACCCGUGCCACCGACGUGCCCGUGUACUGGCCCAUCCUUCUCGUCUACUUCUGUAUUCUCUUUGCUCUCACCAUGCGCCGCCAGAUCCAGCACAUGAUCAAGUACAGGUACAUCCCCUUCGACCUUGGCCGCAAGACCCGCUACGGCGGCGGCAAGAAGUAA